UUAAACGUUUUACAACAUUCAAAUUUAGCUGGUAAAUGGUUGAAAAAAUAUACUGCUGAACCUCAUUUAGCUGGUACAAAUUAUGGUUUAGUUGAAUUCACUGCAGAAAAAUUUGAAGAGUAUGGUUUCACAACAAAAAUUGAUACUCAUAAUUGUUAUAUCAAUUAUCCUGGUAAAAACAAUACUUUGAAAGUCUUGAAGCCUCAUGGUGAUGAAUAUAAAGUUAUUUAUCAGCCAACUUUAGUGGAGGAUGUCUUGAAAGAAGAUCCAACUACUGAUGGUGAUGACUUAAUUCCUGCAUUCCAUGGUUAUUCAGCAAAUGGAAACGUUACAGGUCCUUUAGUCUUUGCAAACUACGGUACUAAAGAAGAUUUCAAAUUGUUAGAGUCCAAAGGUGUUAAUGUUAAAGGUAGUGUUGUCAUUGUUCGUUAUGGUAAAAUCUUUAGAGGUUUGAAAGUUAAAUUUGCUCAAGAAGCUGGUGCAGUCGGUGUUAUUAUUUAUUCUGAUCCUGCAGAUGAUUAUGUUCCAGAAGAUGAAGAUUCUUAUCCAAAAGGUCCAGGUAGAAACCCAUCAAGUAUCCAAAGAGGUUCUGUUCAAUUCUUGUCAAGUUUACCAGGUGAUCCAAGUAGAUUUAGUGAUAAGACCCCUGAAGCCUUAGCAGAAUUGGAUACUAUUCCAAAAAUCCCAUCAUUACCAAUCUCUUAUAAAGAGGCUGAACCAAUCCUAGUUCAAUUGAAUGGUUAUGGUUUAGAUUUGGGAUUCCAUGGUGGAUUAUCAAAAUUCAAGUAUUCAACAGGUCCAUCUCAUAAUCAAGUUAAUAUUUUCAAUAAUAACACUUAUACUUUUACUGAUUUAUGGAAUGUCUUUGGAUUAUAUGAAGGUCAUGAUACAAAUGAAGUUAUCUUACUUGGUAAUCAUAGAGAUGCUUGGAUUAAAGGUGGUGCGGGUGAUCCAAAUAGUGGAUCUGCUGCGUUAUUAGAAAUUGCAAGAGCUUUAGGUGAAUUAUUCAAAUUGGGUUGGAAACCACAAAAAUCUGUCUUGUUGGCAUCAUGGGAUGGUGAAGAAUAUGGUUUAGUUGGUUCAACUGCCUUUGCUGAGAAAUUUUCAGAUGAAAUUGGUAAAAAAGUUGUUGGUUAUAUUAAUAUGGAUGUUGCUGUUAGUGGUUCUCAUUUAUCUUUGGCUGGUUCUCCAUUAUUAAAUGAAUUCUUGUUGGAUAUUGCUGAUCAAGUUUCCUAUUCAAGAACUAACCAAACCUUAAAGGAACAUUUUGUCAAUGAAAGUCAAAUCCAUAUCUUGGGUUCGGGUUCUGAUUACACUUCAUUCUAUGAACAUUUAGGUGUUACCUCAAUUGAUUUAGGUUUUGGUAAUGGUAAAGGUGAUCCAGUAUAUCAUUACCAUUCGAAUUAUGAUUCUUAUCAUUGGAUGGAGAAAUUUGCUGAUCCAGGUUUUGUCUUGCAUAAUUCAUUAGCCCAAUAUAUUGGGUUAUUGAUCAUCAAUUUAUCUGAACCAAAAGUUUUACAAUCUUAUCAAGCACAUGAUUACUCUGAAUCUAUUUAUUCUUAUUUUGAUGAAUUAGUUGAAAAAAUCCCAAAGAAUUGGUUGCAUAAAUCUGUUACAUUAGAAGAUGAAGAACAAAGUUAUGGUUGCCAUAUGAUGAAGAAACAUCAUAAUGUUACUCUAUCAUCAUUGGUUAAUUCAACUUAUCAUGAAUUGAAAGGUUUCAUCAGAGUUAGUAAAAAACAUGAUCAUUAUACAAAGACUUUACAAAAAAUUUGGGAUGAAGAUAUUUCAAAAUCUAAAAAUCCAUUCAGAAAAUUCAUUUUCAAUAGAAAAGUUAAGAAUGCCAAUAAUAAAUUAAAGCAUUUGGAAAAGGAAUUUUUGUAUGAAGAUGGUUUAAAUGGAAGAGAUUGGUUUAAACAUGUUGUUUUCGCUUCAGGUAGAUACACUGGUUAUGCUGGUCAAAAAUUACCAGGUUUAACUGAAGCUUUAGAAGACCAUGAUUUUGAACAAACUGCUCGUUGGAUUGGUAUCAUCAAGAAAUCAAUUAAAAAG